AUGGACAGUUCCAGAAACUUCAGGUCGAAGGCGGAAAUGUUUGCCCAGUCUUUCAACAGGUGCAUAGUACAACCGAUUAACAAUGCGCUUGACCCAAUUUACCAGCUUUACUGCUAUUCCAAUGCAAAAUUUGAAUACUACGUCUCCAAAAUGGGAAACCCGUUGAUCGUGAAACGUAUACUUUAUAUCAUAGUCAUUGCAGGAAUUCUCUACUUUGCUUCUCUUUCUGGAUUAAAUGCUGAUGGUGUUGUUGGGUCACACUCAGAUUUUACAAACCCAUCAAAGUUGCAAGAGUUUAUAGAUCUUUCGGUCGACCCCAAGAGGCUAGAGGAGAAUCUUGAGUAUUUGUCAUCAAUGCCCCAUAUGUCCGGAACAGCUGGGGAUUUGGCCUUGUCAAAGUACUUUGCACAAUUGAUCAAGCAGAGUCGGCUGGAUAUAAAUCCAGACAUUAUUUAUGAGGCAUACACGAAUUAUCCGUUUGAUCCCAAAGUGCAACUUUUCAAUGGAGACGAAAUCUUGCUCGAUUGCGACUUGAAGGAGAAUAUUGACGACGGUGUUGAGACAAACGAUUUUUACAAAUUGGCCUUUAACCCAGGAUCGAGGGAUAUGACCUCCCGGGGCAAGAUUGUGUAUGUGAAUUACGGUACUUUGGCAGAUUAUAACCUACUCAAGAAGAAAUCAGUUGAAGUAAAGGGCUCUAUCCUUUUGAUGAAAUAUGGGGGUAUCUACCCUGCUCACAAAAAAUUACGUUAUGCUCAGGAGCAAGGUGCCGUUGGUGUGCUUUUCAUUAGUGACCCAGAGCUAGACCAGUACUAUAAUAUGGAAUCGAUUCAAAGAGAACCUGUAUCGUUUGUUGAUUUAUACCCAGGGAACAUAUUAAGUUAUGGAAAUGCUGCAGCCAACUCUGUUGAUGAUGGUGAUAUGAAUGAAAAAUUGCAGUUAUCUCAGGUUGCCCCUUCCAUUCCUUCACUGCCUAUUAAAUGGAAAGAUUUCAUAACCAUAAUGAGCAAGUUGUCAAACCAGGGUGCAAGAAUCGAGGAAUGGGAUAUUAAGAUCAAUGACGUCACUGUUCCAAUUUGGAGUGGGAAAGACCAUGAAAUCUUACUUCAAAACUCUCUUACCCAAAGACCUCGCAAAGAAUCUUGGAAUAUUUUUGGAAAACUACAAGGUUCGGAGCAAGACACUUUUGCUGUUAUUAUCGGGGCGUCCAGAGAUACACUUUGUUAUGGUGCCAUUGAAAACUCAGGAUCCGCCAUUUUGUUGGAGUUGAUGAAUAUUUUCAGUGAAAUGUCAUCGUCAUUAGUUUGGCGUCCUCUUAGGACAAUCUAUUUUGCAUCGUUCACAGGCUCAAAAUAUAACCUGGCUGGUGUCACCAACUUUGCCGUCAAAAAUUCAGACUUUUUCAGAAGAGAUGUUUAUGCCUAUAUUGACCUUGACGAUAUCAUACAAGGAAACGAUUUGGAGAUUUCAUCAGACCCAUUGUUUGAAUCUUUGGUGAAGCAAGCAGUUCACAAUUUGAUGAAAUCAAAUGCUACCGAUUCUCAUGUCAAUGUCGUAAAUUUGAAAGACGUUGAUUAUAGCAUAAACCCAAUUUCAAAUUCUGUACCUUUAAUUCAACAUCACAAUGUUGCUGCCAUUUCUGUGAAAUUGACACAAAGUACCAAUAAUUCUUCCGGUGAUAAACUUGGGAAAAACUUCAAUGUUGCACAUUAUCCCAAGAAUUCAUGUUUUGACAAUUUUAAAAACUUCAAGGAAAAUUUGAUAGAUCCAGAUAUGUCCAAACAUGUAUUUAUGACUAAGUUGAUUUCAUCUAUUGUUGUUAAACUAGUUGAUACUCCCAUUUUACCUUAUAAUGUUCGUGAAAUGUUUGAUACGCUGAGUGAGAAUAUUGAAGAAGUCAAACGUUAUGUGAGUGAUCAGACAACGGACGGAGGAUCAUUGUUAAAUUUCAAUGAGUUGGAUGAAUUAAUGAGUAAAAUGAUAUUUAUUGCUGAACAGCAUGAAGCUUUCGUUUCAACAUGGGCUGACAUUUGCGACGAUGGCUUUGGUUCUGAACCAAAUUUGCUAAGUGUUAACAGAUGGGACUGGAACUCAAAACUUCUCAUCAUGACCAAGGUAAUGAUAGAGUUAGAGGGAACGUUCAAUAACCCAUUUAAUUACAAUGUUUUCUACGGUAGAGAACAAGAGCCAGAAAAUAGGAAUCUAGCAACCAGUGACGGGGAUGCUGAUUACAAACAAUCCUUACCUGGUGUUUGGGAUGCCAUAGAUCAAGGGAGAUGGGACAUUGCACAAAAGCAACUAAACGACUUGAAUGAAAUGUUAGAUCGUUGUAUGAAUCUUUUUCAGUACUGA